GAAGACAUCACCUUGCGGGAACCAAUCACGAGCGAAGCCCGUUCUUCUUCUCUCGUUUCUGGUAUUGCUUCUGACGUGCAUAACUUUUUUGAGUGGUGGAGGUUCAUUUUUUUAUUGUAAAAUUUAUUAAGAGAAUGGCAGCUCAGUGGAUACGAAACGCAAUUCCAAAAAUUGGCGUUGGCCGCCUUUACAGCAGUAAAGUUCAGAAAUGUACUCUUAUCCCCGGAGACGGUAUCGGACCCGAAAUUUCCGCAGCUGUCCAAAAGAUUUUUGACACUGCUAAGGUGCCAAUAGAGUGGGAAUCUGUUGAUGUAACACCGGUAAAAGGUCCAGAUGGUAAAUUUGGUAUUCCACAAGCUGCCAUAGACUCAGUUAACAGGAAUAAAAUUGGUUUGAAAGGACCAUUGAUGACUCCUAUAGGGAAAGGACACAGAUCUUUGAACCUUGCAUUGAGAAAAGAGUUUAAUUUGUAUGCCAAUGUUCGACCGUGUCGUUCUUUAGAAGGAUAUAAAACAUUGUAUGACAAUGUUGAUGUGGUUACUAUACGAGAAAACACAGAGGGAGAAUAUUCUGGUAUAGAACAUGAGAUUGUAGAAGGAGUUGUACAGUCUAUUAAAUUAAUCACCGAAGAAGCAUCUAGUAGAGUAGCAGAAUUUGCUUUUCAGUAUGCUAAGGAUAAUAAUAGGAAAAAGGUAACUGCUGUACAUAAAGCAAAUAUAAUGAGGAUGUCGGAUGGUUUGUUCUUGAGAUGUUGUCGAGAUGCUGCACAAAAAUUUCCUUCCAUUAAAUUCGAAGAAAGAUACCUGGAUACAGUGUGUUUAAAUAUGGUUCAAGAUCCUAGUCAAUACGAUGUACUUGUAAUGCCUAACUUAUAUGGUGAUAUUCUGUCCGAUAUGUGUGCUGGACUUGUGGGAGGACUUGGUCUCACACCAAGUGGAAAUAUUGGCUUGAAUGGUGCCUUAUUUGAAUCUGUUCACGGAACUGCCCCAGAUAUUGCAGGUCAAGAUAAAGCAAAUCCCACAGCACUGUUACUUUCUGCCGUGAUGAUGCUCAAACAUAUGGGAUUGAAUAAGCAGGCGAAUAUAAUUGAGAACGCUGCCUACGAAGCUAUUAAAGAAGGCAAAUGUUUAACGGGAGAUCUCGGAGGAUCGGCAAAAUGUAGCGAAUAUACUAACGAGAUUUGCAAAAAAGUUUCAGCAUUAACGAAAUAGAUAAGAUGAGGUUUAUUAAAAAUAAACUGCCAAAUACUCGUAGAAAUGAUACGCAUGAGAUCAGAUGCUGUUUUUUAACGUCUCUGUAAUUAUUGUUUUAAAAAUUUAUUUCAAUGUACAUGUUCAGGAUAAAUCUGCAGUUGAAUCGAACGAACUGCAGAAGUAGAAAGAUGUUUUAUUCAUCGGUUCACAUACAUUUAGAUAAUUUUUUGUCGGCUACAUGUAUUAGUUUAUUGUAACAUAUUGUUACUCAACUUCGUGGAUUUGCUAAUUGUAUAAUAGCAUUUAAUAUUGUUUCAUUAUGAUCGAAUGCACGCAGUUUCAUCGCGUGUAUUGACUGAAUAUACUUCCAUGUAUGUCCAUCAUACUAUAUUUGUUAUUAUCAAAGAUUCUUUAAUAGGGUCUGUAAAAAUAAUUAGGCGUGUAAAUUGAUCUAGUGACACUGUAUAAUAUUUCUAAUUGAAAUUAUCAUGAAGGAAAUGCGGCCUCGAAGAAGAGUUUCAAGAAUGAACAAUGUGCAGUAUUACACAAUAACAAAAUAUUAUAAAUCAAAUGUAUCGUUUGUUAUUGAUCCCUGACAACUUUGUAAGUAUCAUUAUGAAAGUAUACUUGUAGGAUCAAAUUUAGAGGCUAAAUUACGCGUUC